AUGGGGGGGUUUGAUCUUUCUCCUUCCGCGAGCCACUACCCUCGAUCAUCGACAGAGACAUACGCGUCGACAAUAGCUUCUCAAGAAGACCUCUACGAAGAGCCAGAUACCUACGAUUCCGAGUAUGACGUACCCGAGUAUCGAGAGGUCGUCGAGACCAGCCUACGGCCCUCGAACCCUUCAGACUUCGCAGAGUACUUCCCUUCAACGAAGAGAUUAUUCAUCCGACACGACAACACCACGUAUGAUGGGAACAUGAACCUGCGAGUGGACACUGAAGAUCGGAAGAAGCGUGCGGUACAGCUUUUCCACAUGCGAAUGCACGACUUGAAGAAGCGCGAGUUCUCCCUCCGUCGAUACGAGCGUCAGUCGGGUCGAGAGGUCUGCCAUUCAAGCCGAAAAUACACCAAGCCAGCCGCGGAGAAGAGACCAGCCAUAACUCGAUCAGUGAGCAAUGCUUUCGCAAGCAUCGGCAAGCCGUCUUUCAAGCGAACCAAUUCCGGAUUGUCACAACACAGUCACAGGAGCAAGAAGGAGAUCAAGAGACAGGAUAGCGGGUACGACUCCAACGGGGAAGAUGAUGACCUCGAGGACUAUGAGAAGAAGUCCAAGUCAAUCCAGAUCCCAUCCAACACAACCAAGCUCGAGUUUUCCAACUACGCUCAAGUAGAUGUCAAGCGCCGAGGGGCCAAGUCCUCGAAGCGCUACGAAUUCGAAUACUGGGGCUACAAAUACACUUGGAAGCGAGUGAGCAAGAAGGACGGGGAAGGAAAGGAGGUGUCAUAUCAUCUGUACAAAGGCGACGGUGGCCCUGCAGUGGCCCAUAUCGUCCCCGAGCUACGAUCUCCCUCUCAGGUUCGCGAAGGAAAGAAGAAUGGUGAAUGGGUGCCUCCAUGCUCGAUGUGGAUCUCUGAUCCCAGCGUUGCGGAGGCAGUCACUGAUGUCGCCGAGUAA